CGUCGCAGCGGAGUAGUGCGGGUCGUCGCUACUCACGAGCGUGUGCCACUUCCCCGUCGUUGUCGCCACCUACUUCUACCUGCGCGGAUUCCCGUCCCGAAGUGACAAUUUCCCCGUGAAAUCCCCCCCUAUCCACAAGGGUAAGGCCCGUGCAGCCGCCGCCACCGCCUCCUCGCACCUCGUUUCUUCCACCACCCUCGCGCGGCGGCGGCCGUCUGCCGUCUGCCAAUCCGCCCGCCCAGAAAAGCCGCCUCGUUCCGUUGUCUCAGCGCGUUUGACCAGCGAUCUACUAUCCCCCCUUCCCCCUCCUCCUCCCACGCCUCACACACUGACACACAUAUGGGCAUAAAUAUGCCUCCGUUGGGAGAGAUGCCAACACGACACACCAGCUAGUAGUGUGCGGGUUUGGGAGAGGUGCGUGUGCGCCCUGAGCUGCUGCUGCCGCCCGGCCGCCACCCGUGACCCGCGCCAUGGCGGCGGUGGUGGACUUCCUGGACCUGCGGGCGGCGGCGCCGUUCGUGGUGGCCGCGCUGGCGUUCUACUUCCUGGUCGAGCAGCUGUCCUACCACCGCAAGAAGGGCCCGCUGCCUGGCCCGCCGCUCGUCGUGCCGUUCGUCGGCAGCGUCGCGCAUAUGAUCCGCGACCCGACCGGGUUCUGGGACGCGCAGGCGGCGCGCGCCAGGAAGUCCGGCGCGGGGCUCGCCGCCGACUUCCUGAUCGGCCGGUUCGUCGUUUUCAUCCGCGACUCCGAGCUGUCCCACCGGGUCUUCGCCAACGUUCGCCCCGACGCGUUCCACCUCAUCGGCCACCCGUUCGGCAAGAAGCUCUUCGGCGACCACAACCUCAUCUACAUGUUCGGCGAGGACCACAAGGACCUCCGCCGCCGGAUCGCGCCCAACUUCACGCCGCGCGCGCUCUCCACCUACGCCGCCAUCCAGCAGCGCGUCAUCCUCUCCCACCUCCGGCGGUGGCUCGACCGGAGCGCCGCCAACGGCGGCAAGGCCGAGCCGAUUCGGGUGCCCUGCCGCGACAUGAAUCUCGAGACCUCGCAGACGGUGUUCGCGGGGCCGUACCUCACCAAGGAGGCGAGGGAGAAGUUCGAGAGGGACUACAAUUUCUUCAAUGUCGGCCUCAUGGCCCUCCCCGUUGACCUGCCGGGGUUCGCAUUCCGGAGCGCGAGGCUGGGCGUGGCGCGGCUGGUGCGCACGCUCGGCGAGUGCGCGCGGGCGAGCAAGGCGCGGAUGCGCGCCGGCGGCGAACCAGAGUGCCUCGUCGACUUCUGGAUGCAGGAGACGGUGCGGGAGAUCGACGAGGCCAAGGCAGCGGGGAAGCCGCCUCCGGCGCACACCGACGACGAGGAGCUCGGGGGCUUCCUGUUCGACUUCCUCUUCGCGGCGCAGGACGCGUCCACCUCCUCCCUCUGCUGGGCCGUGUCCGCGCUGGACUCCCACCCGGACGUGCUCGCAGGCGUGCGCGCCGAGGUGGCCUCCCUCUGGUCCCCGGAGUCCGGCGAGCCCAUCACCGCCGAGAAGAUCGCGGAGAUGAAGUACACUCAGGCCGUAGCUCGCGAGGUGGUCCGGCACCGGCCACCGGCGACGCUGGUGCCGCACAUCGCCGGCGAGGAGUUCCAGCUGACGGAGUGGUACACGAUCCCCAAGGGCACCAUCGUGUUCCCGUCGGUGUACGAGUCGUCGUUCCAGGGGUUCCCCGAGCCGGACACGUUCGACCCGGAGCGCUUCUUCUCGGAGGCACGGAGGGAGGACGUGGUGUACAAGCGCAACUUCCUCGCGUUCGGCGCCGGGCCGCACCAGUGCGUCGGGCAGCGGUACGCGCUCAACCACCUCGUCCUAUUCAUGGCGCUCUUCGUCUCCGUCGUGGACUUCCGGCGAGACCGGACGGAGGGCUGCGACGAGCCGGUGUACAUGCCGACCAUCGUGCCGAGGGACAGCUGCACCGUGUACCUCAAGCAGCGAUGCGCCAAGUUCCCAUCUUUCUGAGCUGGUUUCCCUUGUCCUCUUGCUCUGCUCCUCUUCCCGUGCAUCGCAUAAUUUUUCUUCUUCUCCAUUUUUCUUUUCAAUCUGGUGGAUCGUGUCGCAGCUGUGAUGCAUUGUUGAUUUGUAGGUUUUGAUGUUUGGUCCAUUCAAUUAUUUUUGUUGGUAAUUGGGUUCAGUUGGGGUUUGGACUCAGCUUUGGGUCCCAGCCGGCUAGGGGAUGAUACGAACACUACAUCUGGGGUUGUUGGCCACAUGUGUGGGUCUUCUGGUUUGGUUGGUUGGCAUGUCUCAGGAAAUUGGUGGUAUUUGGAAUGGAUUUGCUCGAUUGUUUUGGCAACUAAAAUGUGAGCAGUUGCACGCUA